UUUUUUGUUGUCAAGUUUAAUUUUUCAAGUCAUUGUUUUUGUUCUUUUUCUUUCACUUCGAAUAUCUGUUUCUCAUCAGUGCCUAUGUUUGACAAUGUCUAGUGGAGCGUUUGGUUGCCGGUAUAUUUCGUAGCUGUGCAUGAUCGGAAUCUAUUCCAUUCCAUCUCCUUUUAUUGUAUCUUUUACUUGGAUAACGAGAAACUUACAUGAUUUACAUAUCUUUUUUCCUUUCCUUGCUUUGAUUGAUUCACUUUUUCAAGAAAGCUUAUCUUACGGCCUCCUUUUUCUUCUUCUUUUCACAUUCCUGUUCUCUUAUGAUAGAUAUCUUCUAUGGGUUAUGAGCUAAAAAACCGUUUCUUGUUUGAAGUUCCAAAUUUGUUAGGCCUAGUUAGUUGACUUUGCUUUAAUGGGGAUUGUUCUUUCAUGUGAGGAAGGUUGAGGAAAACUUUGAUAAUCUGUGGUUUUUAUAGCUUGUAGAGAAAAGGAAAAAUGGUGUCGAAAUCUUAUUCAAAUCUGUUGGAGCUCGCCUCCGGCGAGCCUCCGUCGUUUGGUCGUAUAAGUGGGAGAAUUCCUCGGCUUAUGACUGUUUCUGGGUUGAUAUCUGAAAUUGAUGAGGACCCUUCUGAGAGUGUUUGCUCCGAUUGGUCCUCGUCGUCGAUCCACCGAGACCGAAUCAUUAUGGUUGCUAACCAGCUUCCCAUUAGGGCUCAGAGAAGAUUGGAUUGUAGUAAGGGGUGGCUUUUCAAUUGGGAUGAUACUUCCCUUCUACUCCAAAUGAAGGAUGGGUUGGGAGAUGAUGAGGUUGAAGUGAUUUAUGUAGGUUGUCUUAAGGAAGAAAUUCACCCAAGUGAGCAAGAUGAGGUGUCCCAAAUACUUCUAGAGAGUUUUAGAUGUGUUCCGACCUUUGUUCCGCCGGAUCUUUUUAGCCGGUACUAUCACGGGUUUUGUAAGCAGCAGUUAUGGCCUCUGUUUCAUUACAUGCUGCCCUUGUCACCCGACCUUGGCGGCCGGUUUAACCGGUCUCUGUGGCAGGCCUAUGUUUCAGUCAAUAAGAUUUUCGCAGAUAGGAUUAUGGAAGUGAUCAACCCGGAAGAUGAUUUUGUUUGGGUUCAUGAUUAUCACCUCAUGGUGCUACCAACUUUCUUGAGAAAGAGGUUUAACCGGGUGAAACUCGGGUUUUUCCUCCACAGUCCAUUUCCGUCUUCUGAAAUUUACAAGACAUUGCCGAUUAGGGAAGAGAUCUUACGUGCCCUUUUGAAUGCAGAUUUAAUUGGGUUCCAUACGUUUGAUUAUGCCAGGCAUUUCCUCUCUUGCUGUAGUCGAAUGCUUGGUCUAGCGUAUGAAUCCAAGCGGGGUUACAUAGGCCUCGAGUACUAUGGUCGGACCGUUGGUAUAAAGAUUCUUCCUGUUGGAAUACACUUGGGUCAGCUCCAGCAUGUGCUGAGCCUCCCAGAGACCGAAACCAAGGUUGCUGAGCUUAUCAAACAGUUUUGUGAUCAGGGCAGGAUAAUGAUACUUGGAGUGGAUGAUAUGGAUAUAUUUAAGGGUAUAAGUUUAAAGCUUUUGGCAAUGGAGCAGUUGCUUAUGCAGAAUCCUGAGUGGCAGGGGAAGGUGGUUUUGGUGCAGAUUGCCAAUCCAGCGCGUGGCCGCGGGAAAGAUGUCAAAGAAGUUCAGGCAGAGACGCACUCAACUGUUAAGCGGAUUAACAAAAUAUUUGGGAAACCUGGAUACGAGCCUGUUGUCUUGAUAAGUGAGCCGCUGAAGUUUUACGAGAGAAUUGCAUACUAUGUCGUUGCUGAGUGUUGUUUGGUUACUGCUGUCAGGGAUGGAAUGAAUCUCAUACCCUAUGAAUACGUAAUUAGUCGCCAAGGGAAUGAGAAGUUGGAUAAGGUUUUGGGCUUGGAAUCGUCCACUCCAAAGAAGAGCAUGUUGGUUGUCUCCGAGUUUAUUGGCUGCUCCCCGUCGUUGAGUGGAGCAAUUCGCGUGAAUCCGUGGAAUAUCGAUGCCGUGGCUGAUGCUAUGGAUUGUGCCUUGGAGAUGGCUGUGCCGGAAAAACAGCUCCGUCAUGAGAAGCAUUAUAAAUAUGUUAGUACCCAUCAUGUUGGGUAUUGGGCUCAUAGUUUCUUAACGGAUUUGGAGAGGACGUGUAGGGAUCAUGUGCGGCGGAGGUGUUGGGGUAUUGGGUUCGGGUUGGGGUUCAGAGUUGUGGCAUUGGAUCCAAGCUUCAGAAAGCUAUUAAUGGAGAACAUAGUUUCAGCUUAUAAAAGGACAACAACCAGGGCAAUCCUUCUUGAUUAUGAUGGUACCUUAAUGCCUCAGGGCUCAAUCGAUAAGAGCCCGUCCUCUAAGAGCAUUGAUAUCCUAAAUAGCUUGUGCAGAGACUCGAAUAACAUGGUUUUCAUCGUCAGUUCUAGAAGUCGAGAGAAACUUUCCGAAUGGUUCUCUCCUUGUGAGAUGAUGGGAAUUGGUGCUGAGCAUGGCUUCUUUCUCAGGACAACACGAGAUGUGGAAUGGGAAACGUGUAUGCCAAUUGCCGACUGUAGUUGGAAGCAGAUUGCGGAGCCAGUGAUGAGGCUUUACACAGAAGCAACAGACGGUUCCACCAUUGAAAAUAAGGAAACUACGCUUUUGUGGUGUUAUGAGGAUGCAGAUCCCGACUUCGGGUCGUGUCAGGCUAAGGAACUUCUGGAUCAUCUCGAAAGUGUUCUUGCCAAUGAACCAGUUACCGUUAAAAGUGGGCAGAAUACAGUUGAGGUUAAGCCACAGGGUGUAAGCAAGGGGCUUGUGGCGAAACGUCUGCUUUCCACCAUGCAAGAUAAGGGGAUGACCCCCGAUUUUGUUCUGUGCAUAGGAGAUGAUCGAUCAGACGAAGACAUGUUUGAGGUAAUCUCGAGCGCCAUUGCAGGCCCUUCCAUUGCCCCUGGGGCGGAAGUAUUUGCGUGCACGGUGGGUCGGAAGCCCAGCAAGGCCAAAUAUUAUCUCGAUGAUACGGUUGAAAUUGUAAGGUUAAUGCAGGGUCUAGCUUCUGUCUCGGCACAGACGUUACUACCUGGAUAGAUGCUUUGCAACUGUAACCAUGUCAAUCGUGCAGGUCGAUUUCACGUUAUUUUCACAUUUUUCGAAUAUCCAUUCCUUUAACAAUGUAAAUUUUAUGUUACUAAAUGUGUGAGACAGGAAACUCUGUUUUUUGGUGUUUGAUAUUUGUAAAGCUGUAAAUAUGUUUGCAAAUGAAACUCAGUUGUGUUUUUAGUGGCACUCUUGCUUGAGAACUUAAGCCAACUAUUUAUUUUACUCUUUUUUAGGUCAUUUUUUGUAAGCCUACAUGCGUAUAUAUAUAAAGUGCUUUAAUUUGUUCGAGUGUCAAAA